CAUCAGAACACCAUCUCCAAGAUAAGGCACCUGCAGAUUUCGUCCAAAUAUGGCUUCUUCAAACAAUCUCUUAUAUGAAGAGCAGCUCCUAUGCUCCAUCUGUCUGGAGGUGUUCACUGAUCCAGUCUCUACUCCAUGUGGACACAACUUCUGUAUGAUCUGUCUCAAGGACUUCUGGGACAGAAGUUCAAAAUGGCAGUGUCCAAUGUGCAUAGCAGAGUUCUCCAAAAGACCAGAGCUCCGUGUAAAUACUUUUAUUUCUGAACUGAUUGCCCAGUUUAAGAUGUCAGUUCCGGCAAAAUCCAGCAGCAUUGCGGAUCAAACUUCAGUCCUAAAACCUAAAGGCGUUCUUUGUGACUCCUGCACUAAGGAUAAGCAGGAAGCCCUAAGAUCUUGUCUGGAUUGUGGGGUUUCUUUUUGUAUUACUCAUUUGAUACCCCAUAAAACCACAGCUAAAUUACAAACACAUAAACUGAUUGAGCCUGUGGAAAACCUGGAGGACUACAUCUGCCAGCUACAUGAAAGACCCCUGGAGCUGUUCUGUAGAGAUGACCAGAUGUGUGUGUGUCAGUUCUGUAUUCGUGGAGACCAUAAAACUCACAACACUGUCCGUAUGGAGGAGGAAAGUCACGAGAAAAAGAUUCACCUCUGGGAGACCCAGAAACAUGUUCAGAAUAUGAUUCAAAGCCGACAAAAAAAGAUUGAGGAGCUUAAACAGUCUAUAGAACUCAAUAAUAAACACAUAGACAAGGAAAAAACUGAGAGCAUGAAGAUUUUCAGUGCUCUGAUUCACUGUAUUGAGGAAAGCCAGGCUGAGCUGCUUAAGCUGAUGGAAGAAAAACAGAAUGCAACAGAGCGGCAAGCAGAACAGUUCAUCAGAGAGCUGGAGCAGGAAAUCAUUGAGCUAAAGAUGAAAAACAAUGAGAUGGAUCAGCUCUUAAAUACACAGGAUCAUCUCAAGUUCUUACAGAUUUAUCCAUUUCUGCAUGGACCUUUACACAACAACAACUGGAAUAAAAUCAGAAAUAAUCAUCAUUUGAGUGUUGAAACACUGAGGAGAGCUCUGAGUCAGCUUCAAGAGUCUCUCAAUGAGGAAAUUAAAAGGCUUCCAGAGAUUGAACUAAAAAUACUUCAACAAUAUGCAGUGGAAGUGAAUUUGGAUCCUGAUACAGCAAAUGCUAAACUUAUCCUGUCCAAUAAUAGGAAACAAGUGAAAUAUAGCAACAAAGGACAACAUGUUCCUGAUAAUCCGAAUAGAUUUAAGCGUUGUGUCAACGUGCUGGGGAAGGAAGGAUUCUCAUCGGGAAGAUGUUACUAUGAUGUGCAGGUCAGAGGAAAAACAGCGUGGGAUUUAGGACUGGCUCGAGAAUCCAUUAACAGGAAGGGGGAAAUUACAUUCAGUCCAAAGAAUGGAUACUGGAUUGUCAUGCUGAGGAAUAAGACUGAAUAUAAGGCUUGUGAAUCUACCCUCAUCCCCCUGACACUGAAACAGGCCCCUCAGAAGGUUGGGAUCUUUGUGGAUUAUGAGGAAGGUCUGAUCUCCUUCUAUGAUGUUGAGGCCAAGACUCAUAUUCAUUCUUUCACUGGUCAGAUUUUCACUGGGAAACUUUAUCCAUUCUUUAGCCCAUGUCUUAAUUAUGGAGGUAAAAACUCGGCACCACUAGUCAUCACAUCUACUGAACAUUAUUUUUAGACUGAAUCUAACUUGACAGGAUACGAAUAACAAAAUUGCUUUUUAGGUUAAAAUAUAUUUAAUUAAAUUUUAAUUAGAAUAUUAGAAUUAUAAACUAGAAUUUUAAUAUGAAAGUGCUACAUAAUUGACAAGUUUUGUCAUUUCUGGCCCAUAAAAGUAUAAAAUAAAUAGGAAAUAACUGAAUUCACUAUAGAAA